AUGCCCCUCAUCAAGCUCUACUUCAUUCCUGCACUGCAGCUCCUCCUGCUAACCAUUGCUCAGGUCAGCCAGUCUGUGCCAACAGACUCCUGUGUUAUACACGCACAGAUGCUUCUAAAGAACGUCACUCAUGCUCUCACACAGAUAACCCUGUUCAGUGCAAUCGACUGUCCAGAGCAGAGUGUGGAGCUAAACGUGAAGACUAACACCCCAUCCGUGUGUGCACCAAAGGGAUCAAUAUGCUCAGGAAUCACCAAGUCAGAAUUUGAUCAGAUCUCGUGCAUGAGAAACAUUUCGGAGGAUCUGCAUCACUACUACACAUUUCUAGCUGCUCAGCCGGACCCUGACAGCUUGCUCACUCCAACUGUACUGUCGCUCAGAGAGCUCAUGGAGAAGUGCUUUGAAUGUUCUCUGCCGACAGACUUGGCCUCAGCAGAGGCUGCUGCAGACCGUCUUAGCACCUACGAUGAAAGACUGAGGCUCUGCAAAGUGCUGAAGGGCUUCCAGCUCCGCAGCAUAACAAUCAACAGAGGCAUUGCAUACAUGAACUCUACUGGACUUAUAUUUGACAUCAAGAUGGUGUGUUAA